AUGACGGCCGUAGCGGCUGUCCCGGACCUGCAGGACGCUGCUGGGCCGUCAACAACCGUAAAUGCACCCAAUUCCACGGGCGACCCAGCAGACAUAUCGUCGUCACCAGGAAAUGCAUCAUCGACCGAACCCCAGUCGCCAUCAGGCAACAACAACAACAACAACAACAAUAACAACGGCAACAACGUCAGCCCACAUGGCCGUCAUCAAGGAAUGAGCAAACUCCGCGCGUGCCUGGUCAUCGCUACUCUCUCGGGCGUGAGCUUCCUCAACACGAUGGGCUCCGGAAUCUUGACCGUGUCGCUGCCCACCAUGGCCCGCGACGUCAAGCUGGACGACUCCCUCCUCCUGUGGCCUGCCUCGGUCUACUCGCUCGCCGCGGGCUGCACGCUGCUCGUCUUUGGCGCCGGCGCCGACAUCAUCGGCCCCAAGCGCGUCUGGGUCACCGGCGCCUGCCUCUACGCCGCCUUCACCCUCGGCGUCGGCCGCAGCUCCACGGGCUCCCAGCUCAUCGCCUUCCGCUCCGUCCUGGGCGUGUCCAUCGCCAUGUGCCUCCCCACCGCCGUCAGCUUGACCACCAACGGCUUCGGCGCCGGCCGCUGGCGCAACAUGGCUUUUGCCUUCCAGGGCAUGGGCCAGCCGCUCGGCUAUUCCACCGGUCUGAUUCUAGGCGGCAUCUUUACCGACACUGUCGGCUGGCGCUUUGGCUUUUACAUAUCGGGUGGCAUAAAUGCCGUCCUGGCCGUCUGCGCACUGGUCGUGCUUCCGUCGCCACCGCGGGAUGGAGAAGAGGAGGAGGAGGAGGAGGAGCAGGAGGCGGAUCACCAGCAGCAGCAAGUAGGACAAGAACAAGAAGAAGCCACAGACGCCACCGUGACUGCCGCCGCCGCCAAUCGCAAUAGCAAACCCAGGCCGCUGAUAUCCCGGCUGGCGCGCGACGUCGACUGGACCGGCACGCUGGUCAUCUCUGCCUCGAUGGGCUUCCUGUCGUACGUCUUCAGCGUGGUGAGCAGGGACUACGACCGCAUGGUGGCGCCGCAGAACAUUGCGCUGCUCGUCGUCGCCGCCCUCCUGCUGCCGACCUUCACGCUGUGGGUUGGCCGGCAGGAGCGCCUGGACCGGCCCGCCCUGAUACCAAACAGCCUGUGGCGCAAGGCCGCCUUCUCGUCCACCUGCGCCGCCGUCUUCUUCACCUGGGCCGUCUUCAACGCCUUUCAGUACUUUUCGGCCCUGUACUUUGAGCGCAUCGAGCACAUCACCGCCCUGCAGACCUCGCUGCGCUUCUUGCCCAUGGUGCUCGUCGGGGCCGCUACCAAUAUUGUCACUGGAUACCUCGUAGAAACAGUCGAGGUCAGAUGGCUGGUGGUCGUGUCGGCCAUCUUCAGUCUCUUCUCUCCUCUCAUCAUGGCCCUGGUCAGACCUGGCUGGGGUUAUUGGAAGGGUGCAUUUUUUGCCAUGCUCUUGUCGCCGCUGCAUCCAGACGUGCUAUUCACCGUCUCCAACCUUAUAAUCUCGAGAGUCUACGACGGUCGGUCCCAGUCCCUUGCGGGCGCCGUCUUCAACGCCGUCUCCCAGGUGGGGAAUUCAGUCGGUCUAGGCCUCACGGCGGUGGUCUCGUCCGCCGUCGCCCGCGGCUAUCGCGGAUCCGCCGGUGUCGGCAACGCAGCGGCACCCCCGACGGACCUGUCGUCGUCGUCGUCGUCGUCGUCGCCACCCGCCAACGAGGCCACGCUCGCCGGCUACCACGCUGCGUUCUGGCUCAUGUUUGGUGCGGCAGCGUUGGUCCCGAUCAUCACGUUCUUAGGGCUCAGAAGAGGGGGGAAGUUAUUGGACGUCAUGUUCAGCAAGAACGUCAUGUUUUUCGACGCAGAUGUGUCAUUGAGACUGCGAGAGCCCAAGGUCAAGAAGUUGGUGUUGUUCUGCGCUCGCGAGGUCCCGUUGGUCGGCAAUGUCGAGUUCAAGGCCGAGUGGAGGGAUGUCUCAGUCCCGACUGGCACGGCACCGGCGGUGGCCACGAGUGCCAGGAGAGCUGCCGCCACGGAGAUAUACAUUUUGCUGCCGCUGACGUACAGUCUUCUUGCGUACCACGGUCAGGAAUCGCCGCCUCUCGAGAGCAUGACCUGGAAGGUUUGUGAGGGCCGUCACAAGGUUCACCAGUCCGAUCUUCUGGACCUGGAGCUCUGCCAUGACGAUAGCCAAUCUGACAUCAAGCCUCUAGUCUAG